AUGUCACAGUCGAGAGAAUAUUAUUUUGUUAUCGUUGGUCAUAACGACCAACCGAUUUUCGAGAUAGAAUUCCCCGUUUGCGACGCGAAGCGAAAACGAGAGUACGACGCAAGGCACCUCAACCAGUUCAUUGCGCAUGCAUCGCUCGACAUCGUCGACGAACAGAUUUUAACAAAUCCACAGAUGUAUCUCAAAGUUAGCCUUUUUCUUUUUAUUUUUCACUGUAAAAACUGGAUUGUUUUAUUUAUUUAUUUAUGA